CAGAAAUAAAACGUCACACUCACGCACAAAAAACAAAGUUUCAAGAAAACUGACAAGUAUUUGUUUCUUGUGAUUACCGGUCCUAUUAAUUCCAAGAAUUGCAGUCCAAGCUCUUGUUCCAAUCUUAUCCGUCAUUAUGGCUCGCAACAAAUACGCCAAAACAGUGUCCAGCAUUAGUCGAUUCUACUUACAACGCCUGUUCAUAAAUAUAUAAGAUUGGGUUUCAUGAUCCUUUUACCUUGGUAAUAGUUUUACUUGUUGAAAUACUGAAAUGAGGAAUAUGUUCAUUAUACUUUUGUCGGCGAUUUUAUUGUUUGAAGGUAGUUUUUGGAACACAGCCGUUUCAACAACUGUGACAUAUGAUAGUAAGGCAUUGGUCAUCGACGGAAAGCGGAGAAUCUUGCAGUCAGGCUCCGUACAUUAUCCACGAACCACGCCAGAAGUAUGGCCAGAAAUCAUUAGGAAGGCAAAGGAAGGAGGAUUGGACGUGAUAGAGACUUAUGUCUUUUGGAAUUAUCAUGAGCCUGUGAGAGGAGAGUACUACUUUGGAGGCAGGUUUGACCUAGUGCGAUUUGUUAAGGAAGUGCAUGAAGCUGGUCUCUUUGUGCAUUUGAGAAUUGGUCCCUAUGCUUGUGCUGAAUGGAACUAUGGGGGAUUUCCAGUUUGGUUGCAUUUUAUUCCUGGAAUACAGUUCCGAACAACAAACAGCCUUUUCAAGAAAGAAAUGGAGCGAUUUCUUGCGAAAAUUGUUAACUUGAUGAAGGAUGAGAACCUCUUUGCAUCACAAGGAGGGCCAAUUAUUCUCGCACAGGUGGAGAAUGAAUAUGGAAAUGUUGAAUGGGCUUAUGGAGUAGCUGGAGAGUUAUAUGUCAAAUGGGCUGCAGCAACAGCUGUCGGUCUUAAUACCACCGUUCCAUGGGUGAUGUGUGCUCAGGAAGAUGCACCAGAUCCAAUUAUAAACACUUGCAAUGGAUUUUAUUGCGACCGGUUUUCUCCAAAUUCACCAUUCAAGCCAAAAAUGUGGACGGAAAACUACGUUGGAUGGUUCCUUGCAUUUGGAUAUGCCGUUCCUUUUCGACCUGUUGAAGACUUAGCUUUUGCUGUUGCACGCUUUUUUGAAACAGGUGGCACUUUCCAAAACUAUUACAUGUAUUUUGGUGGCACCAACUUUGGUAGAACAGCAGGAGGACCUUUGGUUGCUACUAGUUAUGACUAUGACGCCCCAAUAAAUGAGUAUGGUUUUAUCAAUCAGCCAAAGUGGGGCCACCUGCGUGACCUUCACAUUUCAAUUGAACAGUGUGAGGAACAUUUGAUCAAUGCCAAUGCAACUCAAAUUUCUUUGGGCAAGAAUCUGGAGGCUCAUGUAUACUACAGGUCCCACAAUGAUUGUGCAGCAUUUCUUGCCAAUUAUGGUAGCUCCACAGAUGCUACUGUCAAUUUCAGGGGGAAUUCUUACUUCCUUCCUGCAUGGUCUGUGAGCAUUCUUCCAGACUGCGUGAAUGUUAUAUUCAACACAGCUAAGGUUCUUUCGCAAAGAACUCUUGAUGAUGAUGUUUUUACUUGGAACAUCACCAUGCAUGACUCUUCUCUGCCAUCAUCAUCUUGGAGUUGGUACAAGGAACAGGUGGGCGUUUGGGGUAACAACUCAUUUGAGGCCUCAGGUUUACUGGAGCAGAUAAAUACAACAAAAGAUACAAGUGAUUUCCUCUGGUACUCGACAAGCAUAAAUAUGACUGCAAAAACUGAGCAAAAUCAAACAAAAGAAGUAGGUCUGCUUAUCUGGAGUUUGGGACACGCUGCUCUUCUCUUUGUAAACAAAAGAUUAGUAGGAUUUGGUUAUGGAAAUCAUGAUGAUGCCAGCUUCAUAAUGAGUGCCAAGGUUAAACUUCAUAGUGGAAGCAACACAGUGGACGUGCUGAGUAUGAUGAUUGGUUUACAGAAUUACGGACCAUGGUUUGAUGUGCAAGGAGCGGGAUUAUAUUCUGUGGUUCUUACUGAUUUGACAGAUUCAGAAGAGGAUCUGUCUUCCAUGCAGUGGACGUAUCAGGUUGGGCUUGAAGGUGAAUUUCUUGGACUUCAGAAUGUAUCCCUUGCAAAUAGUUCAAUAUGGACUAAGGGGAGGGCAAUACCGGUCAACCAGAGUUUGAUAUGGUACAAGACUGUGUUCCUCCCUCCUGAAGGAAAGGGUCCCAUAUCACUGAAUCUUUCUGGCAUGGGGAAGGGCCAAGCAUGGGUAAAUGGUCAGAGUAUAGGCCGAUACUGGUCGUCUUAUCUCUCACCAUCAAGUGGCUGUUCCGAGGACUGUGACUAUAGAGGAACUUAUGAUGCAUCAAAAUGUCUGAAGAAGUGUGGUCAACCGGCUCAAACAUUGUAUCAUGUACCACGCUCUUGGCUACAACCUGGUGAGAACUUGCUCGUCAUCCAUGAAGAGCUUGGAGGGGACCCUUCAACAAUCUCUGUGGUGACUCAAAACGGGCAACUAAUAUGCAACCGUGUAUCAGAGGCUGAUCUUCCACCAGCUGAUACUUGGGAACCAGGUGUAGGUUUUGCAUCCAGAACCCCUCUACUUCGACUGAGCUGUGAAACAGGGUGGCAUAUUGCUUCGGUUCGUUUUGCUAGCUUCGGAACUCCUGGAGGGAAUUGUGGAGCCCUCAGUCCAGGGAGUUGUCAUGCCGAUGUUUCAUCAAUUGUUCACAAGGACUGUGUUGGCAAGCAGGCAUGUUCAAUUCUGGUCUCCACAGAUAAACUCGGAGACCCCUGUCCUAGUGUCUUGAAAAGCUUGGCAGUUGAGGCUCUUUGUAGAGGUUGAUAUAUGCCUUCCUUUGCAAAUGCCUGUAUCAAACUCUCUUGACCUGUUUUUAUUUAUUGGGUUUAUGGAACAACCUAGGGAAAAUUAAACCCCUGUAUGAAUUACCAAGACCAAUUCCUGGAAUUAUUAACUGCUCUCAUAGUUAUAGUAUAUUUUAUAUUUUCCAGGAACAGCAGGGUAAUUUGCUAUCACCUCUUCCCUACUUCCGUCAGAGAAUCACAUAAAACAAAGGCAAUUAUGUUUUUAGAUGGUACAAUAGCGUAUGUGUUACCAUACAAGUUUUUUGAAGAACAGGCAAACAACUUGAAAGGAGUACAAAUUGUACUUCACCCCUCCCAUUCUGAACUACGAAUAUACAAUAUGCUAAUCAUAUUUGCUGGUGAUAAGGGAAUAAGUUUAAUCAAGUACUUAUGAGACAAGGAGGACAAUCUUUCCUAUAUGCUUGCUGCUUUCAAUGAGCUGGUGAG